UCGAAGCCUAUCCUGACGGCAUUCAUCGGACAUGUGAGAAGAUGAUGCGUCCGAAAAUCAAUAAAAUUCAUAAAAUAUCGAACUACUAGUGAUAUUUUUUCUUAGACAAAGUUUAGUGUGCGUGUCCUAGUUUAGUUGGUGUGUAUUUAUUUUGUUUUAAAGUGUAAUCUAUCGCUGGGCAACCUGGAUCUUCAAGGUGUUGUUGAUACCGUGCCUGGAAGUACCUACCAUACACAGAACACCUCUUCUGUCAAGCCAGCGCUGCCUCCGCCCUACCGUAUGCCGCUUUUUUCCGGACAGAACGACCCGGGAAUCCCUGGAGCGGCUCUGGAAUAUCCGGCUAACUCUAACCUGCAACAACUUCAUACCCAUUCGGCCAAAUUUCCAGUAAGUACAAUCGUGAGAGAAGUUAUCAUCUCCAAUAUUGACAAGAACUCCAAGUUUCCCAUUUUGCAAGAAUUGAGAAAGAAGCCGAAAAAAGCUAUAAUUGCGCCUGAUAUACCCUCCAAACAGAUGGCAGCCUGGACACAAGUACAAAUGCAGUCUCAUCAGAUUCUACCAGACCAGACUCACCCUGGAUUGACUCAAUCCGUGUCACAAUCAGCAGAAAGUACAGCUUACAGACAACCGUACAACGUUGCACCGGACAUAUAUGGCAACAGUGCAUCUAAACAAAACGCUUGGGAUUCCACGAAAUCUCCAUAUCAACAAAAAGUUCCAGAAGAACAAAAUUCACAAAUUUCCCUGCAACAAUCCAUUGCUACUAAAACCGAUAUAGAUAAAUCAGCUAAUGCAAGGGGUGUAACCAAGACCUAUCAUGCUAUCAAGGACAUUAUUUCUGGAAAAUUUAAGAAAGAUGAUUGUAAAACUGAAAAAACAAGCCUUAACAAUUCUAUGCAAGAACUGCGAAGAUCCCAAAUACUAGAAGAUGGCGGCAAAGAAAAAACUCCAAAUAUCCAAGAUUAUGGACAGCCUGUUAAUCAACAUCACUAUAACCAGCACAUUCUUCAGCAACAUAUGAUGGCUCAGCAGCAAGCUCAAGCCAAACCAAGAUCGCCUCAUCAGUAUUCACAGUUAAUGCAAGCAAGGUCUCAGGAAAUACUAGCUACCAGAUAUGAAGAACAAAUGACUUAUCAGAAUUAUGGCAGUGGAGCUAUAAUGAGAUCCCCACAUAGAGUUGUUCAGGAGCCUCAAAGUAUAGUUGAUCAGAGAUUCAGACAAAUCCAAAAUAAUCGACCACUACCAAUUGGUAAUGAAAUUCCAAAAGACAGGCAAGCUGUCUUGGCAGCUUUUGAGAGGCGUAGCGCUCAACAAUUGGAAAGAGAUAACUUGAAACGAGGUAGUUUUGAAGCUAGAAGAACAUCUUCACAUCCUCAGUUACUUUUGGAUGAUGAAGUCAGAAGCAAUAAUAUGGGUAGUGGAUUUCAACACCAAGAACAAGUACCAAACUAUACAAGGAGAGGUUCCCAAAAUAAUCUCCUUGAAACAGGAUUGCCAAUAGCUUUUGCGUCUAAUCAAAGACCGGAUAAUGGAUUGGAAAGUGACGAUGGUGGAUUUUUGAAAAGAUCAGAGUCGAAAGAAACUUGUUUGGAAAGAGGGCAAGCUAUCCAGAAAAAUACAGCUGGUGGUGAAAAAGUAACAGAAGCAUUGCAAGGAAAUUCCAGAAAAAAAUUAGAGGUGGAAAUAGGCAAGAUCGAAGGUGUCUAUAACUUGAAUCAUCGUUUAACAUUCGGGUGCGAUGGACUAACAGAAACUGCUCAUCAUACUCAAACUAAUUGUGUAAAUAAAAUGCCUGCUUGUAGUUCAGCUACAAGCUCUGACUAUGACAAAACAGGUGAAAGGACAUCUAAUAUUGAUUCCGGCAGAGGAAGUGCAGCAUACAGCAGCGGACGUCGACUGCCAAUGGAUGAUCUUCAAAACACUGAUGUAGAAAUAACUGGAGAUCAAACCAAACAAUACGGUGACAUAUCAAACCAAGAUCAUGAUUCGGAAUGGGUUGACAUCGUUGAACAUGAACUGAGGCAUAUCUUAGAACCAAAACUGCAAGAACUGUCACUGCAGAAUAAUAACCCUGCUAUUGCAAAUUCUACCGUUAGUGAGAGUAUAUCUUCCAUGACACCUCCGCUACUUCCAUUGUCAGUGGCUGAGAAUUCAUCUCCUACCAUGACGCCAAGAAAUAUGGCUCAUUACAAACAUAGCAGUUUACAUUAUGAUGGUAAAUUGGAUUAUGAGAAAAACGGCAUGAAUGGCAAACCCAGAUAUUUGGAUAGUUCCCAGAAAUACAAGUCUUCUCGUAAAGUUGAUCCUAACACUAUACUCAGAGGAAAACAAAUAUUUGGUUUGGACAACACCGAUCUAACAUCAACAACUACCAGAUCACUAGAUCUGGAAUCAAUGCUUGAAGGUCAGACUGAUUCAGAUGGCGAUUUAAGCAUGGCAGAUGCCAAAACUAUCAGAAAACAGUUGGAAGGUUUAGAAACCAUGUAUUCGGAAGUUCUGAAAUUGUUAGGAGUAAACAAGAAAACUGGAAGGUACCAACCUUCGGAUCCAAAGUGUAGUAAAAGAAGGUAUGGUAGCAUGUCUUCUCUCAUAUCGUCCUCAGUCAGCUCCAUUCGAAGAGAAAGAAGAAGUACCAGGUGCAUCCCAGAGGACCGCAGACGGGGUGCCGGAGGUCGUGGGGAACCCCGAGCUACAGCCAGGAGAUUCCAGAGACUUGAGGCUCACGUAGUAACGUUGGCUCGAAGUGUGGCUCACUUAUCCAGUGAGAUGAGGACUCAGCAUAUGGUCACGCAGGAAAUGGAAGCUGUAAGGCAGGAAGUGGCAGCUCUGAGGGCACAGACCAACAUGCUUAAUAUAAGAUCACAGUCAGCUUUAAGACCAACAACUAAUAGAGACCUGCCUAGUUUAGCCAAUCCAACGAGGGUUAAGAAGCUAACCAAGUUUUUUGGAGAUGAACCACCCUUACUACGAUUAUUUUUGAGGAAAUUAGGUUACGAGAAAUACGCCACUACUUUUGAAAACGAAAAAAUCGGCAUGAUCGAACUGCCCUAUUUGACAGAAGACCGCCUUCAAAAAAUGGGUAUUCCUUUAGGACCCAGGCUUAGAAUAAUGCAAGAAGCACAAAUAUCUGUAUGUAAAGAAAACACACUCUGUAUUGUAUAAGUGUAUAAGUGUAUAAGUAUAUAAUUGCAUAAAAAAAUAUGUCACACUUUUUAAACUUAAAACUUUCACAUACUUUUUCCCAAAUUUAAAACAAAAAAAAACAGUUCCUAUGAUGUAUACCUACUUAAAUAUGUUUAUUUUUAUAAAUAACUAAGUCUGGAAUACGUUAAAACCAGUGGCUAAAGAAUACAAGGACGAACUUAUAAAUUAGUAUCGAAUAAUAAUUUUAAAAAAUAUUUAUGACACAAUUAAAAUAGUAAUUUUUAUUUAAUUCUGCAUUUUUCUGUAUUAAUCCUCAGAUACGGCACUGUCCAAAUAGCAUUGGUGUCAACUGGUAACACUUUGGUUCCUGGUGAUAUUGGUCCUUGUAUUCUUUAGUCAUGGGUUAAAAUAUUUUUAUUCAACAUUGUUUAUAUAUAAUACGUACUUUUUCUUAAAUACAAUAAUUUAUAUUUAUACCAAAUCAUAGAGUCUCUUUAAAAUAAUUUCUUCUUUAAAAUUUCUGUACAGAUAUCUAUUAUCUUAUCUUGCCAUAAAAUUUGUUGAGUGUUGAGUAAAAGUUUGAGUCUUCUAUACAACUAAGCAUUGAAUGUACAAAAGAAAAUUAGAAAUUUAAGAAAUUAGAAAAUUAAUAGCAAUAAUGAUGUCCGUCCAUUUUAUCAAAAAAUUAAUGACUGAUUUGUUAAAAAUAAAGUAUUUUUAAUAUAAUACUUAAAAAAUGUUAUUUAUAAGAAAAGCUCAGUUCUAUGUAAA